GAUCCACUGCAAGCACAGGCGGCAAAGGAAGGCAAGGGCGCCAAAGGAGCGGCAAAAGGAGCCCCCAAGGCAGCCGCAGGAGCCGUGAAAGGCGCGAAAGGCGAAGGCAAAGAAGGCAAGGGCAAGGGCAAGAAAGGCGAGGGCAAGAAAGGCGAGGGCAAGAAAGGCGAGGGCAAGAAUGGUGAGGGCAAGAAUGGCGAAGCUCCGAAGGUAGUAGAAGCCGCCGAGGAGACCAAAGACAAAGGAAAAGGAAAAGGGAAGAAGAAGGACAUGACAGGCAUGGAAGGACUGCAAGUGACUGAAGGCAGCGAUGCGGUGGGUGAACGCCGUGAGAGCAUCAGCUGGGUCAGGAAGCCAGAUUGCAAGCUACACGACAAAGACACCAACAAGAAGUGGAGUGCUAUGGGACGGAUGGGCUAUGAGUUUCUGAACGUCGUCCAUCUGGACGCGAUGCUGCCGAAGCUGCCGGUAUAUGAGCCAGAUCUUCGGUUCCGUCUUAGGGACAAUGCCGACCCGGACUCGGACACCGUCUUUGCAGAGGGCCGCAUCGGAAUGGCGGAGCAUUUGCCUUGGGUGCAAGAUGCCGAAAAGGCCCGGAAAGCGACGGAGGCCAGCGACCUGUAUUCAGAUGGUGAGGACGGCACUGCCAACGAUGGCAUGCCCGUGAGCGAUGCAGAUGAGGAGGGCUCCAACUAUGUGGAAAUCACGCUGGCAAAUCAGCCGGCGAAGAUCGCCUUCAACGCGGAGGACAAGAUGACAUUCCCUCCCAUCAUUGCAAGCUGCAGCGACAAGAGCCAAGCUGCUGCAAAAGGGGUGGGCCCGGGGGACUGGCUGAUCUCCGUGAAGAAGAAGGAGGAGGAGCAGCAGCCCACCGUCACCUGGAGCCCCGCCAAGGCCAUGGAGUUCAUCGAGACGACUGACAAGGAGAAGAUCAGGCCUCUGAAGCUGACCUUCCGCAAGAAGGACAAGGUGGAGAUCGCGGUGCGGGUGAUGAAAGGGCCGCACAACCUGGAGCUGGCCAACAGCAAGGACGAGAUGCCCCCGAAGAUCAUGAAGGACCUCUCCCAGGACAAGAUGUGGCGCAAGCAGGGUGUUAGCCCUGGAUGGAGGGUCGUGGACAUCAAUGGCUUUGACACCACCGAGAUGACUGCUGUGAUGCCGCGCUUCAAGCAACUUUUGCAGCUGCGGCCUGCAAUCGUCACCUGCCGCCCCCACGGCCUAGCGGCCAGGGGCGACUCCGAUAGGGCCAUUCAGGAGGCAAAGCCGGUGAUGCUGAGCGGAGUGGCCUCCAAGGUCUACAAGGAGCAUGAUCACAAGCUGCGGCAUCGCGAUGGGCCCUUGGCGUUCAUGCGAGUGCCCCGACCCAGCGCUGUGUUGCCCAGCGGGGUGAACACGCAGCACCUGAACUGCCGGCCUGCUCGGGCGGCCUGCUUGGAUGUGCAGGGACUGGCUCGCUUCAUUGCCGGUGGGGAGGAAGAGGAUGACAAGGCCAGACCAAGUGUCCAAGGCUGUCUGGAGGACAACAUGCCGCCCGCGGUGUUUCGCAAUAUCCCUCUCUUCAGUGGCGAAUUGGAAGUCGGCCAAGUGAAGGCCAAGUUCAAGGUCAUCUCGCCGCCCAACCGAAAGUGGACCACGGCCAAGGGCGCCACCAGCGAUGACAAGGUGUUUUUCAACGAGAAGUUCCUGCGGAAGCGCUUUAAGAUCGAUCAGCCGCACAGCUUGCGAGUGCGAACCUACAUCAUCAGGGGCUUGAACGUGAGCGGGGCUGUUUCGGGCUACGGAAAUCCAUACCUGUACUUCAUGUACGGUGCCAGCAAGGUAUCCCUGGAGGGGCACCGGCAGAUGCAAGCUGUGGAGCCCCGCUACUUCCGCACGGAGGAGGCUGACAUCAAUUUGCCGGAACAGUCCUACUUCGAAAUCGGCCUCUACGACUAUCAAGAGAAUGGCGAGGAUUUGCUGAUCGGCAAAAGCGUGCUGGAUUUGGAAGACAGGUUCUAUACCCGGGACUACAUGAUCAUGAUGAAGAACAAGAAGGUGCCCAUCGAAUAUCGGCCGUUGAUCAGUGAGACGGUGGAUGCGAACACCCAAGAGGUCAGCAAGAUCUCCAAAGGUUCGCUGGAGCUGUGGAUCGAGCUCUUGGACACCACCACUGCGGCGGAGGUGCCCGUGAGCAAGUUGCUGCAACCGCCCUCCAUGGAGGUUGAGGUUCGCUUGAUCUGCUGGACUGUCCACGAUCUCCAGAUGAGGAUGUGCACGGAUGACUACGGGGAUCAGCGGGAGAACAUCUCGAUUCGAAGCCGCUGCUCUAUCGACUGCCGCACCUACAACGGUCCCCAGCCCAAGGAGCAAGAGACAGAUCAGCACGACUCCUGCGUUGGCGAUGGCGAGUUUAACUGGCGCUUCCUGUUCUCUCGGAUCCAAGUCACCAAAGGGGUGCCCAUCGACUGCUUCCUGCACCUCAGCGUCUGGGAGUACUUCGCGCUCUCAAGGCCGGUGAUGCUCUGUGAAAGCCUGGUGGAGCUCAAGAGCUACGUGAAGAAAGUCUCGGAGGACCGAAUGAUGUUGGAGAUGGAGGCGGACAUGCCUUUGUCCAAUGCCCAUCUUUAUGCCGAGAUGAAGAAGGAGAUCAAGGGCAAAGGAGGUGUCGCUCAAGAGGCAGAUGAGGACGAAGAGCACGAAGAAGAAGAACCGGAUGAAGGUGGAGGUGAAGAGGGCGGUGAUGCGGCGUUCAUGGAGGAGGAGGAGCAGGCCAUUCCACCGGCCGCCUACAUGAAGAUCCUCCUCCAAGUGAUUGCGCAGACCGAAGCAUCCACCGACAACAACAAAGUGGGCAUCGCGCGGAACGAGCCCAACCGCUUCCCUUCGCUGCCCUACCCCAAGACGGGCCGGGACUGGCGCUACUCCAUGCCCACCGCCGCCUCGGUGGUGGAGAAGAUCGCCGAGGCACUGAGCCCCUCCAAGCGCGGGCCACUGAUGACGCCCCUCGGCACGAGACCAGAAAGAAAUCUGUGUGUUUGGUUUGGUUGUUGUUAUUUGUGUGUGUGUGUGUUGGUUUUCUUAUUUUUUUUUUGUGUGUGUGUGUGUGUGUGUCUGUGUGUGUGUGUGUUUUUUGUUUUUUGUUUUUGUUGUUGUUGUUUUGUUUUGGGGAGGUUCUUAGCUUCGAAGUCGGUUUGCGUAGAAGAGUGUGGGUAA